AUGGACCGUCUCCCGGUGGAGAUUCUGACCGGCAUCGCCGCCGAGCUUUUGUCCACGCGGGAUGUUUGCAAUUUCCGUCUCUGCAGCCCCCGCUGUUCCUCUGCCGGUUUCCCCGUUCUGUUUCGCCAAAUACACGUCAUGAACACGGUCGACUGUCUCGAAGAGGCCAAAAUCCUUCAUGCGUCCAGCGCCGGCUCGUCCCGCGUCACAAAGCACCUCACGAUUCACCACGGCAGCUGGCCAGAGGCCGAGUCGCUCCGCAUUUGGUCGACCCACCCCUUACGCCACGGGCAUGCGGCAGAAUCCAACCUGGGCAUGACUUGCGCCUUUCGCGACUAUCGAGCCUUCGUCCAGAGGGAAGCAUCGCGCACCAGCAGUUCGGAUGCAGACCGCUUCUUGGCGCUCUUUGAGCUGUUUCCCAAUGUGAGCAGCGUCACGAUUUCGCACGUCUAUCACUGGGACAAAGGCAAGCUCACGAACGCCCAAUUUACGCGCUUGAUGAGUACCUUUCGGAUUGUGCCGAGAUUCGAGGGUUGCGUGAAUAGCGCCGUCUCCAGCAUCCUCCCCGUUUUGCAACGGCGUCCUCUGGUCCGCGACGUGACUAUUCGAGGCUUGUUUGAUCCAAGCACCACCAAAUGUAUCAAUUUACCAAGCGUCACGCGGCUCCGCAUCCAAUCUCUGACCUACCCGACUCGUCGUGAAGAUGUCCAUCAAUUUCUCGCUUCGUUUCCGAGCCUCGAAGAGCUUAACCUGAGCGGCAAUUCGGCGGGCCCGUUGUUCGGCCAGGGGCUCCCGCUACAAGGCGUUCAAUGCCCAAAACUCACCAGAGUCGAAUUCACAAACUUCUGCACGUCCGAAGACGAGCUCGUUGACUUUGUCCAGCAGCAUGGCCGCCUCCGGCUCCUUGUCCUCGAGAAGGUUAUUUUAUACAUGGGUCGGGAGGCGUCGCAGGCUUUUGCUAGCCAAGGGGCACAAGGAGACGAUGACCAUACCUAG